CGUCCAGUCCCCCUCCCUCCUCCCCCCGGAGCACUUACAGCCGCUUUCCACGCCGGCGGGGGGGGGGGGGCAGAGUCCCGCUGUAGUGGUGUGGCUGACAUAUGACUUGUCUAACGUUGACAACCCUACUGGGAAACAGGGUUGGAGUUGAAUAAUGAAAGAGAGGACGAGUUAGACGUUACACUGCGGCUAAAAAGUCUGGAGACUUUGGUCAGCCUAUCGUCACAUGGUAAAGGCAAACCCUUAAAAACCCCCAAGCUACAUGCUCGAGACCCCAGUCAUCUCUGUUGUGCGAGACACCAGCUGGUCUUGGUGCUCAUCCCGCUUUCUCUUCCGUGGAUAGCCUCUGAGGUACCAUCAUGUCAGACACUGAGGAAAUUGUGGAGGAGAACGAGCAGGAGGAGGAAGAGGAGGUGUAUGAGGACGAAGAAGUUGAAGAGGAAGAGGAGCAGAAGGACGAUGAAGCAGAGAAGAAAGGAGAGCAUGCAGAGGAGAAUGAGCAUGAAGAAGAGUCCAAACGGCGACCUAAGACAACUUAUGUGCCAAAUAUUGCUCCUCCAAAGCUCCCUGAUGGUGAGAAGGUGGAUUUUGAUGACCUCCACCGCAAGAGAGUAGAAAAGGAUUUCAACGAUCUCCAGACACUCAUCGAGCUGCAUUUCUCCAACCGUCAGAAGGAGGAGGAGGAGCUGGUAGAGCUGCGUAGCCGCAUUGAGCGCCGUCGCUCUGACAGAGCCGAACAGCAACGUGUCCGUGCAGAGCAGGACCGUGAGCGCCAAGCACGGCUGGCCGAGGAGAGGGCGAGGCGUGAGGAGGAAGCGGCCAAACUGCGUGCUGAGGAGGAAGCAAAGAAGAAGAAGAUAUUCACCAACAAGUCGUUUGGUGGCUACCUGCAGAAGGUGGACCAGAAGAAGGGCAAGAAGCUGACAGCACGAGAGGAGAAGAAGAAGGCCUUGAUGGAGCGCAGGAAGCCGCUCAACAUCGACCACCUGAACCAGGAGAAGCUGGCAGAGAAGGCGCAGGACCUCUGGCAGUGGCUCCACCAGCUGCACGCCGAGAAGUUUGAGCUGGCUGAGAAGCUCAAGAGACAGAAGUACGACAUCUACGUGCUCCGCAACCGAGUCAGCGACCACCAGAGGGGCUCCAAAGCAUCUAAGACCUCCCGCAGUGCCAAGGGCAAGUCUGGCUCUUGGAAGUGAGGAUCAGAAUCCAUGGAAACUGGACUGCCAAGUUGUUUGACUAUUUGGCUCCUAUUUACAACUUGUAUCAUAAAAGAUGUCCCAGGGAUUGGGUGUAGAUUGAGGGGGACCUCCUUUUUUAAGGCCCAGGGGGACUGAAGUGAAUCAAAUUAAGUUAAUGAAGCCACAACAUCUUGAAUGACAUCAUUUAUUCUUUUAUUGGGAUAAAUUAUUAACUUUAUUUACCAAUUAGUCUGUUCACCAGCUAUGGUUGAAGAGUUUUAUUAGAUUUGAAUGUGUGGUGGUGUUAUUUUACUGCUCCACCAGUGUAUGCUUUGUGUUUUAUUUUGCUCUUAGGUACUAACACUAUUUUCACCAGUGCAGUUGUUCUUGAUUAGUUUCGUGUGCCCAUAUUUUUUUUCUUUUUUUUUUAGGGUUUAAAAGUUUUCAAACAAAAUGCCAAAACUGCAUUUGUUACCAAUAAAUCAUGGCUGAUUUUAAUUUCAAGUAA